AUGGGUGUGUGGCGUGCGGACUUCUGGCUGCCGCGGGGCAUUGACUGGCACCAGCUGCCCACCAAUUCGUCUCAUCUUUUUUAUCCUAUCUUCUUCGCCGUUCCUCUGGUCCUAUUCAGGGUAGCUUUCGAGUCUUUCAUUGGUGUUCCUCUCGGAUUCGCUCUUGGCUACUAUGGCAACGCUUCGCUAACUUCCGCAAUAUUCCAACACAUAUCUGGUGGAUUUGCUCGACAGACUCGGUCGAAGCGAAUACUGGAAUGCUUUUGGCGUUUCAGCUACUACACUUUUGCUUUUCUGUAUGGAUUUGUGGUGCUCUGGGAUAAGCGGUGGCUAUGGGACGUGAAACAGUGUUGGAUUGGCUACCCAUUCCACGAGGUGGACGAUAGCGUAUGGUGGUAUUACAUGAUUGAAACCUCAUUUUACUAUUCUCUGCUGGUUGCAUCGUUCUUUGAUGUCAAGCGUUCUGACUUUUGGCAGCUUAUCGUCCAUCAUGUAGUCACUAUCGGUCUGCUUUCCAGUAGCUUCGCCAUCAAUUUUGUCAGAGUUGGAACACUUGUAUUGAUCUCGCAUGAUUUGGCCGAUAUAUUACUGGAGUUCGGAAAGCUCACUCGAUAUGAUCGCAAUCUUAAAGCAGUUACAAAUGCGUGCUUUGUGGUGUUUUUAACAGGAUGGAUUAUUACUCGACUUGGUUACUAUCCACUAGUACUUGUCCGAUCGGCUUUAUUCGAUGCAGCUGCCUUAAUUCAGCCGGACUAUCAAUUACUGGACCUUACUCAAGUCCCAUACGCACCCCGCAUCAUUAUCUGCCUGCUCUUUAUCCUUCUAUUACUCCAUAUCUUUUGGACUGUCAUAAUCAUGAGGAUAGUUGUCAAGACCAUCACAGAGGGUGAAGCUGGCGACUUACGGUCCGACUCGGAGCUUUCUGAUCAAGAAGAGAAGACAAAACUUUCAAAGCAAAACGGGGGGAAAUCGACUGUAAAAAGAAGAUCGGCGCAGAAGAGUUCCAAAUACGAUGAAAGCGACAGCGAUACGGAACCAGUGCGAAAUGGUGUCAAGCAUAGACGACCACGAAGAGAAUGA